AUGAAUCCUAGGGAACUCUUUGGUGAAGAGGGCGAGGUGGACAAGUCCAUGGAGGGUUCUCCGAACCGAGGAGAUGUGUCCCCACUCACGCGACGCUCCCCGAGCCGCAGCGACGCUUCGCCCACACCGUCGACACGCCGUGAAGAAGGCUCGCCGGCCCCAGUUGGCUCUCCGAGCCGUCCCGAUGAAGAGCGCCCCACGCACACGUCUCCUGUGCGCUCGCCGAGCCGUCCAUCUGCAGAGCGCGCUGCGCCGUCGAGGGUGGAGCCGCGGCCACCGCUGCGAACUCCAAACCCGUCCCUGAACGCUCUUCCGGCCUCUACGAGCUGCGCGCUCACGGAGCCACGGUAUUCGCCACCUCGUGGUGAGGGUGUGCCGCUGGGCCCCGUCAUUUCCAACCCUUUGGACGAAGCUCAAUCCGAGCCGGUUGCGGCGCAGAUGGCUCCCACGCGCUCCCAGCGCCCCGAACUGCGGCCUCUGCUGAACCCCAGCGCUGCCGACUACGGCUUCCGGCCUCGCGACCCCGCGGAGGCUUGUCGCCAGGUGUUCCAGCAGUCUCUCGCGCUGCACACCAUUGGGCCCGCGGCCCGUACUCUGGAGGAGCUCGCACUGCGUACGUCUCUGCGAGAGCAGCUCCUCACUCCACAGUCUACGACUGUCGCGGAGUAUCGCGAGAGGCUGCGGCUGCAAGCCCAGCAGAAGUCCGUGCCCGCCAUGCGGACGUACCCGGUGGUACUUAGCCCGGGGGGAGACUCAAUUGAGUACGAAGCUCAGUUCGAGUCUUGGGCCGAGCACAGCCGAAAGCUCAGCUCCAUGGACGCACUCCGAGCCAGCUUCAGUGAAGUGGAUGUUCGCAUUGAACGCAAGCUCCGCUUCGAUUCCGCAAAGGUUCGAGCCAAGCGCAGCCUCUCGGCACUCGCCCUGGCGCAGACCCAGUUUAGCGCUGCGCGCUUCGCUCCUUCGAGCACUCCAGCUGCUCCUUCCAGCGAGGGAGUGAGCGCUGUGGCUCAGGGUCAGCCUCGGAGCAAUGUGGCUGACCCAGCAGCUCCCCAGCUUAUUGCCGGGAAGCGCGGGACGACCGGCGUGCCGGCCUUGAGCCCUCGGGGCGCUGGCGAUCAAGCCGAUCAAAAGCGUCCACGACGUCUGGGCAGUCUUGGCGGAGGGGCACCUCAAACUCCCAUGAGUUCUCGGGAUACUGGUUUUGACCCCGGCACCGGCGUUUCGCCAGGAGGCGCCCCACAUGGUAAUGUAGAUUCCCAUGCUCAUCGAGCAGAGCCGGUGGAGGCCGCUGUGGGGCCCUUUGCGACUCAAGAUGAGCUCUUGGACACGCGGCAGCAGGCGGGUCGCCUUCGGGAUCACAUCCAUGACGUUGAUGCGCGUCUGGGCCGGACUGCCAUCGAACUCGACCAGCUCGCCGAGCGGACGCAAUGGAUCGAGGUGCCUCGAGAGGUCUGGGACCGCCUUGGGGCCCUGGAGGACUGGGUGCGAUACUAUCGCGAUCGCGAUGAGCAGCGUGGCCGGGAGCUCGGGGAGCUACAGCGUCAGCAGGCUGUGCUUCAGGGUCAGCUCGACCUCCUGGCCCGCAUGCAGGCUCCGACUGCUGCGCCUGCGGCUCUCGCUGUGCCCGCGGCACCUCCGGCGCCGAUUCUUCCGCCUGUGCCUGCGGUGCCCACGUGGAUGGCCGUGUCCUCGACGACCGCAGCUUCCGCGCCUGUGACCUCGUCCCCCUCGGUGCCUCCAUCUGCACCUGCAUCGGGUCCUGGUACGGCUUGA